GAUGUUUCUUCAUACGAUGACGAUGUGAAAAAUUACGCAGUCGGAGUAGCUUCCCCAGGAAGCAUUGUAUAUUUAUACCAAAAUGGGUGUCUAUAUAUAUUUCUAAAACAGUUUUGCAAUUUAUUGCGAAGUAUAAACAGAAUAUCUGUGCUUUAAUUAUAAUAUAAAAUUCCAGCGGUAAGUAGAAGUUUAUGUAGAGGGUUUUCCCGGUCGACCCUCUCCAAUGCAAGCACUAGGUACAAAUACCCAUCAAGAAUCAAAGACGGCCACUUGAGUACCAAGACUCAACUCGAGUUCACGCUUUAAACAACCAUGAUAAAAUUAUUAAAAAUCGCUCUCUUCGUUUGUGCCUAUGUUUACACUACAAGUUCAGCCCACGAUGCGUGUCAAACUCCAGACAAACAACAAGGCGUCUGCAAACCCUUUAAAACUUGCUCACCUUUGUACUCUCUCCUUGACAACUUGACAGAAGAAACCAUUACGUACUUGAGACAAUCUCAGUGCGGCUAUGAAGCAAAACAUCCGAAAGUUUGUUGCCCCAACGCCAACGCAACCACAGGUAGUACCUUUCUUGCGCACAGUUUAUUGCCCGGAGUAGAUACCUGUGGUAUACCUACCAAUAGCAAAUUAUUCGGUGGCUCAAGCACUUCACUUGACGAGUUCCCAUGGACUGCACUUCUGGUGUACCAAGCAGACAACCAACAGAAAAUUUAUUGUGGUGGUACUUUAAUAAGUGAUCGAUACGUUCUGACGGCCGCUAAGUGCAUCACCGGGAAUCUUCCAGGAGGAGCAAAACUCGUAAGCGUGCGUUUGGGUGAGCACAAUUUCACUUCGAACCCAGAUUGUGAGCGUUUUGGGUUAUUAUAUACGGACUGUGCGGAACCAUUUAUCGACGUACCGGUUGAAAAGAGUAUUGUUCACGAGGAGUACGAUGCUAACGAUACAAAUUAUCGGCAUGAUAUUGCCUUGAUCAGGCUUAAUAAAACUGUUGCUUUUAACGAUUUUGUUGCACCGGUUUGCUUACCAUUGAAUACUGAUGUAAGCAAAAACUAUACUAAAAUAAGAAUGAUGCAGAUUGGUUGGGGUAUAAACAACAACAAGGUUUUUAGUCCAGAGAAAACUAAAAAUAUAGUAAUGGGUCAAGACAACGAAGAAUGUGGCAAGAUGUUUGGUUUUACUUUCAACCAGAGUCAACUGUGUGGAAUUAAAUACUCAAGUUACUCUUCGUGUAGUCUAGAUAUUGGGAGUUCUGUAAUUGUAACAAUUUUUGAUGAUUAUUCACAGAAUGUGAGACAUUACGCAGCCGCUGUAACUUCAGCAGGAACUUGUGACAAAAAUAAGCCUAUUUUAUAUACCAAAGUGGGUGCUUAUAGCGACUGGAUUCUCAGUAAAUUGGAGAAACAUAAUUUAAUUGUUUGCAAAAAAAACCAAAUUUUUGCAGACAUGUGUCAAACUCCAGAUAAACAACAAGGUAUCUGCAAACCCCUUAGAGACUGUUCACCUUUGUACUCUCUGCUUGACGACAACUUGACUCAAGAAACCACUACAUUUCUAAGAGAGUCUCAUUGCGGCUUUGAAGCAAAACAUCCGAAAGUUUGUUGCCCCAACGCCAACGCAACCAAGCUAGAAUCCACAGGUAGUACCUUUCUUACGCAUGCUUUAUUGCCCGGAGUGGAUACUUGUGGUGCAGUUUACUAUACGGAAUUCUUUCGCUUUUACGUUUCUCUUGAGGAGCUUCCAUGGACUGCAGUUCUGGUGUACCAAGCAGACAACCAAGAAAAAAUUUAUUGUGGUGGUACUUUGAUUAGUGAUCGGUACGUCCUGACGGCCGCUCAGUGCAUCAAAGGGAAUUUUCUAGAAGGGGCAAAACUAGUGAGUGUGCGGUUGGGUGAGAACAAUUUCACUACGAACCCAGACUGUGAGUAUUAUAGGGGGUAUUGGUCAGAGUGUGCGGAACCAUUUAUCGAAGUACCGGUUGAAAAGAGUAUUGUUCACGAGGAGUACGACGCCAACGAUACGAAUUAUCGGCAUGAUAUUGCUUUGAUCAGGCUUAAUCAAACGGUUGUUUUUACCGAUUUUGUUCGACCGAUUUGCUUACCAUCAGGUACUAUUGCAAACAAAAAUUAUACUGGAAUAAAAGUGAUCCAGCAUGGUUGGGGUAUAAACAACAACAACGUGUCUAAUGGGAGGAGAAGUAAAAAUCAAGUAAAGGGUCAAAGCAAUGAAGAAUGUAGCAAGCUGGUUGGUUUUACUCUGGAUCAGAGUCAGCUGUGUGGUUUUAAAGAAAUAUUUUCCUUCUCUUCAUGUACUGUAGAUAUUGGGGGUUCUGUAAGUCAUGUAAUUGAAGAGAGAUUUAAUGUUUCUUCGCAGUAUUCGAGACAAUACGCAGUCGCAGUAACUUCGGCAGGAAAUUGUGACGAAAAGGAGCCUAUUCUAUUUACAAAAGUGGGUGAUUAUAGCGACUGGAUUCUCAGUAAAUUGGAGAAAUAAGAACGAACAUUUGUAUAUUAUAGCUUUGUAAUUUAUUAUUAAUUAUACAGUCAUUUUUGCCCCCGAA